AUGGGAGUCAUCAGCACACCUGGGGACGUCAGAGAAGGUGGUGUGCAAGGCUCCGCUCCAGCAGCGCUUGGGCCUUUCCAGAACCUCCGCGCUCGCCUUCCCUCCUCCCUUAGCAACCGCGAGGCUGUGGAUACCGCCAGCGAGUGGGGGCCCGGGAGGCCACAGGGCAGCUCUGCGGCGGCGGCGGCCCAGCUCAGGUGGCCCGCGCACGGGCGACCGCAUUGCGGAGCCACCCUGCGAGCGCAAGUGUCGCUGCGCCAGCGCGCACAGGGCCCUGCGCACCCGACCUCCGCACCUGCCGCGGGGUCCAAAAGGGAUCCUGCAAAAAUGAGCCAUUCUCACCCGGCUGGAUUGCUUGCAGCAUAUAAUAGUCUUACCGACAAACACCUGACUGGAUAUUUUAACAACACAAGGAUAAGGCGGCAUCUCUUAAGAUCAGGGCUGAUCACAAGAAGUGGAAGAAUACUUUCUGAAAAAGAAUACAAGCUAAAUAUCAUGAAGAGGGAUCACCAAAAAUAUAUCCGGGAUUGCCUAGCUCAGGCUAUUUUCCAUAAGGUUCUUGAUAUGGAGCGGUAUCAUCAACUUGAAAUAAAAAAAAAACUGGAGACGUUAGCUAGGAAGGAGCGAAUUCAGAGAUUUAAGGGAGAACCCACAAGAUGGUCUAUAGAAAAUAACAUGCCAAUCCUAUCUCCCCACCCCCCAGUUGGCCCAAAGACUAACCGUGGCCAUAGUGUCCUGAUUGAUGAAGGACAUUCCAGUCCAGUAACACUGACAGCCCCUCGGCCAUACACUGCCCCAGGAAAUAUGCAGCCUCCAAUUCGAUUAAAGCCUCUUCCCAGUAAUCCUGCAGUAGGAACUGUUCCAAAGAUAACUUCGGGGUCCAGAUCGAAAACCUCAUUGCUGGAAAAUGAAGCUCCAUUUCCCAUUGGGGGCAAGAAGGCAGUGAUGAAGUUCAAGAACUCCAUGGACAAUUCACAGGGAGUGAAUCGCUAUCAACUUCCAAACAUUAACAAUUACAUGAUGCCUAUUCCUCCUGCACCUCCUCCCCCCAGUGGAAGAAUCAUAAGGGAAAAUAGACUUGAGUCAUGGAGAAGGAGAAGAUUUCGUCCAACCACUGCUCCAGAUGGCUUAGAUCCUCUCUUUACCAGGGAUUCAAGAAAGAUUCAUAAAACACCACCGCAUAGCAAUGCAGCUAUUACAAUGAUCUAUUUGGGGAAAACUGUGCACCUGUCUCAUGAUCACCCAGACUUUCGGGAUGAAAUAAAAGUUUAUCAACAGCAUUGUGGUGGGGAAAACCUUUGUGUCUACAAAGGCAAACUACUUGAAAAAGAGACCUUUCAGUUUGUUUCCAAAAGGCACCAUGGUUUCCCCUUCAGUCUCACCUUUUUUCUGAAUGGGAUGCAGGUGAACAGGUUAAGCUCCUGCUGUGAAUAUAAGCAUCGGAAAGGUUCCAGACUUGGAGGCAAACGAGGCUACUUUGGGUUUGUGUGCGUGCAGAGAUCAUCUCCUUGUUACAAGUGCAUUAUUGCAAUGGGCCUUGACAAAAAUCCAACUUCACCAAAGCCUAAGAAAGAAAAGACUAUGGAGAAAAGAGAAGAACUGAAGAAGGGUGAGGGGAAACUGAGGAAGGAUGGAGGGUACAUGAUACCGAGAAGGAGUGAGAUGGAGGGGAAUAAAACCACUUCAGUCAUUUUUUCAGCUCAAGAAGAAAAAACAGGGAUCGUAGAAGUGAGAACAGCUGUGGAAGAAAUGGAACUUAAAGGAAAACCAGGACAAGAUGUUUGGGAAGAUGCCCAGGAAAAUAUAUUUAAAUACGAAUAUGAAGAAGAUUUUGAAGUAGAUGAGGAGAAACAAGAUGAGAAAGCUAAUGAAGAAGGACAGGCUGAUGAUCAAAUGAAUGAGAUGUCAAAGUCACCUUCAGAUGAUGGAAAAGAUCAUUUAGACCCUGAAAAGGAGAGUGAAACCUCAUCGCAGAAGGCAGCAGAUGCUGAUGACAAUAUGAAGGAUGAAGGGGAUGGAUGCUGUGACAGUGAGCUGGAGGAGGAUAAACAAGAUAUAAAGACUGUUUCAUCAUCUUCAUCCAGAAGUCGCCCAUGUUCUAGUUGCAGUGAAGAUGAGUCUGCACCGGGAGAUAGAGAGGCCCACACCGAAAACGGCCUGAACAGAAGGGACAGAAGUCCAUCUUCUCAGGAGUUGAGUGAAAGUGAUGAGCCAGGAAAAUCCCACCUUCCAACUGAGGAUUACUUAGAAGUUGAAAUUGAAGACCAAGAAAUCGUAACAGCAGAUGUAGAGACCAAGCCUCUGCCCACAGAGGAACGCUUGGAGAAUGUUCUUGAAGAAGAAACGGAGAAAGGAACCCAAGUGGUUGCAGAGGGGUUAUCUGAGAAGUCCAGGGAACAUGUUUCCACAGAAGAAAAAGAAAAGGAUAAAAGUAGGCUUUGGGAAGGAAGCACUGCUAAGGUGAAGGACAAAAAGGCAGGUCCCCAUAGGGUGGAAAAAGAUGUUGGACAGACUGUCGCUGAGGCUGUGGAACCUGGCAGCCACCGGCACUAUGACACCGAGUCUGGUGUUAGCAGCACGAACGAGGAGAAGCACUCGAGGAAGCUGGAAAUUGACAUGGGUGCAGCACCACACAGGAAUUUCGUGUUGGAGGAACGAGCAACACUCAGCUCCGACACAGAAUCCAAGCAAGGUGCAUCGGAAGCGUACACACUGGAGAAGAAAGAAGCAGUGGAGGGCGAUGAACUUCCCCAGCACGGGGAUGCUCACACAACAAAAGAGAAAGGGGGUGCAGCACAGUGGGGAAAAGCAGCGGGGGUUAAUGAGGUUCCCUUGGGGGAGGGGAAGCCAACAGCCCCAGCUUUAAUAGGACGAUUUACUGAGGAAAGAGAGAUCCCUCGGGGCAUAGCAAGUGGGGCAGAGGCAGAAGCAGAAGGGGAUCCAAGGCUGGAUAAAGAGGAGUCAAGCCCCAGGGGAAAAGAAGCCACCAGAGCCGCGGGAGGUCUGAAAGAAGAUGAGGCUCCUGAGGAGCCGGUCUUGCUGCCCACAGUGCUGGAGACUGAGAAGGUGGCUGCCGAGGAGGAGCGGGGCUCCCAGCAGGCAGUGCUUGCAAGUGAGGCAGCCGCUCUAGACUCAGCGCGUACUCAGGAGGCAGCAGCCAUGAGGGAGACAGUGACACAGGCGAAGAGAGAGGCUGAGAGAGGCGCGGCCGUGAGUGCUGCAGGGUCUGAAAAGCCUGAGGUGAACAGUGAAGAGCAAGCAUCUACAGCCCUAGAGGACCCGGGAGCCUCUGAGAGAGAAGGUGGUUCAGAAGAGGCAGUGCUCGGGGCCGAGGAACCGGCCGAAGAGCGGGAGGCAGCUAUGGGACCGGGGACACCCUUGAGCUCCUCAAGUUGGGAGAAGGCCGAGGCAGCCCCGACCGGGCUUUCGGAGCGCAGCCUGGAAGAGCUUCGUAAGGAAGAUGCUGAAAGGGAGGAGAUUGGGACUGAGGCGGAAUCCAAUAACGAAGAUGACAAGAAGGAAAUGCUACCCGAGGAAUUAGGUGUAGCAAGAGAGAGGACGAAAGCUGAGAGGCCAGAAUCACCUCUGCAGGAAACUGAAUCUGAGAGGCAAGAGGUGACCAGGGCAAACGCACGGCCGGGGGAAGACAUUUUAGAAGAAGAGCACAAGUUUAAAGGGGAAGAGCAGGAAACCGUGAAGGAAGUGAGAUCUGAGGAAGAGACCCAAGUCUCCCCAAAUGAAAUGGAGUGUGAUGCCGAGGGUGAAGCAGCCACGGGGCCGUUGGAGUUGACAGACGACGCAGGGCCGCAAGGAGGAGAUGCACUGAGAGAGGGGGGGGGCGCCAUGUUUGAAGCGGCACCUGGGUAUGAAGAGUCACUGGAAAACACAACUGCUCUGAGGAAACAGGAAGGAGGGGAAAGCCCGAGAGAAGCCCGGGACCGCGAGCACAAAGGCAGAGCAGAGUUGCUCCCCAGGGAGAACGGGGCGGCCUCGGGGCAGGACCAGGGGCCGGGCCCUGACGCGGAGGGUGCGUCAGGAGCUCCCGAAACGGAGCUAGCAGGAAGGGGGCAGGCACCGGAGGCAAUGAUCGCAGCCCCAAGUGGGGCCCAGGAGCGCGCCGCCAAAGAUCGAGAUGGCCUCGCUGGACUGGAAGGGGAUGAGGAAGGGCCUUUGCAAAGGCAGCAAGGAGCGGGGGUCACAGCGGUGACCCAAGAAGAUGUUUCUGAGGAAGAUUCUGUGACGGCAGGAAAGCUAAGUGAAGAAGCUAUGGAUGAGGAGGCAGAUAAAGAGUGCGCUCGGGGGACAGGAGUGAGGAGGAACCGGGGCACGGAGGGGGACGGGAGCUUGCAAGGAGGCGCGGUGGUGGCUGAGGAAGAUCUCCACCAAGGAGAAGAAGCGGCAGGAACGGCCGCAGAGAAGAGGGAGGUGUUGGCAGAUUUGAAGACAGCUGAGGGGAAAACAGAGGCAAAUAAAGCCUCCCCCCUGUCAGAUGUUGCUGGCAAGGAAACUGGGCACAAAGUGGAGGAGUUACUAGGGAAACCGGCAGCUGCCGAGAAGGUGGUGGCAGGGGAAAGAGCGCUGAGCAGGGAGGAGGUGCGGGCGGUGGAGGAGGUGACGGGGACUUGGGCACCGGAGGCUGAGGUGGGGGCUCCACGAGAACCUUCCGGCCCGGGAGGGCAGGCCCCACAGCUAGGGCAGGAUCCAGAGGGCGGGGGAGCUGCAACCACGCAGCGGGCAGAGGCCGUGGGAGAGGAGCCCGGCCCGGGGAGCGGUGACCAAGGGCAGGAGUUGGGUGCAGGCGAAGAAGUCAGCCCAGGAGCGUCCCGAGGGAGAAAGUCAGAGCCUAGGGGAGAGAGUCUGCAGGGCGUGCAAACGCUCCCUGUGAAACCUGAUCACACGGAAAGCCAAGAGAGGCAAGAGCCUACAGUGCAAAGAGAAAAGGAGCGUGCAAACGCAGAUGUCUCCUUGAACAACAUGAAGGCCUAAGAGACUUUGGGGC